AUGGCGACGGCUGGGGCCCCGCGGCGCUUCUGCCGCUGCGCUUGCUUCUGCUCCGAGAACUUGUACGUGGCGCGUUACGGGCUGCACCUGCGCUUCCGGAGCGAGCAGCAGCUGCGCCAGGACUAUGUCCCCAUUCUGCGCAGCCGGGGCUGUAUUAGCCCCCAGGACUUCCAGCAGCUCUUAGCAGAGGUAACACUGCCCGCCCUUCCUCUAGAUCUGUGUCAGCAGGCUGCGAGGUCUCCCAGCCUCAGGCCUGGCCUCCCCUGAUCCCUAAAGGACUUCUUAGCUCUCCUCCCCGACUCCUGGGUCCUGGUACCAGGAGAGAGAAAUCAAGAAAUGCCAAGUUGUUUGCCCCUGGCCAUCACCCCCACUUGGGGACGAGAAACAAGUGUUGGUCACUGGCCAGGGUCUCUCACAGCAGGUGGAGUUAAAACGGCUGCAGGCCCCUGGGCUCUUCCACUGCACUCACUUCUCCCAUAGGUUGGUGCGAGGGCUGCUGUGGCACCCCUUGCUGCCUUCCCCACCUGGGGCUGCUGGAAUGCAGGACUUGACCUUGACUCUGUUCUCUUCUCCUGAGUGGCUCAGCUGGUUAAGGUCCAACCAGAGGCUCUCAUCCUAGGCAGACUCAGGCUGGGGACAGUCCCUUGAUGCUCCAAGGUAACAACUUGGUGCUGCCACCCACCUAGAUAGACUCAGGAUUCUAGGGAGACUUGGCUAGGAAGCCAACUCUGGCUUUCCUGGGCCUCGGUUUCUUCACGUGUACAAUGGCUUCGGGGGGCUGCGAGGCUCUGCCUGACAACUUAGCCCUGUGCCACCCCAGCUUGAGCAGGAGGUGGAGCGGCGGCGACGACUAGGGCAGGAGUCAGCUGCCAGGAAAGCCCUCAUCUUGAGCUCUUACCAACCAGCACGG